UUACCUAUAUAGGUGAAUGUAAGAUUCAGAGGCUGUAGCAGAGCUGCAAGGGUUACCCUGCAUGUGCAACCAUUUUGGAUAUUACUAACUAGAUUUUACAGGACAGCAUUUUUACAAGCAUCAUUUCACCUGAAAAGCAUGAAUGACUUCAGGUAUGACUUCUGAAAUUAUCUCUUAUUUGCAUGAAUUAGCAUAUGCUAACAAAUGUUAGUUUUCCUGCUUGAUAAUUAUAUUUUAAGCUAAUUGGUAAGCUAAUAUCUUAAUUAAUUUUAACUCUCAUGAUGAUACAUGGACAAUUUGAUUUUUUUUCUCUCUCUUACUUAAUAUUCAUUCUUUUCCAGGCAAGGAAAGGACGAAGGGGCCCCAGAGGAGACAAAGGGCCACGAGGAGAAAGGGGUCCAGCAGGUGAACCAGGCAGAGAUGGUGAAGAUGGUCCACCAGGCCCCCCUGGUCCUCCCGGUCUUAGCGGAAACUUUGGUGCUCAAUAUGACGGAUCCAAAUCAGCUGAUCUUGGCCCCGGACCUAUGGGUAUAAUGGGACCCAGAGGCCCACCUGGAUUGACUGGUCCCCCUGGUUCUCCUGGCUACCAAGGACCUGCUGGUGAACCUGGUGAACCUGGUCAAACGGGUCCUCAAGGUGCUCGUGGUCCAAUGGGUCCUCCUGGAAAGCCUGGGGAAGAUGGUCAUCCUGGGAAACCUGGAAGAUCUGGUGAGAGGGGUGUUUCUGGACCUCAGGGUGCUCGUGGCUUUCCUGGAACUCCUGGCCUGCCUGGCUUCAAAGGAAUAAGGGGACACAAUGGUUUGGAUGGCCGGAAAGGAGAACCUGGUGCUCAGGGUACUAAGGGUGAACCCGGUGCCCCUGGUGAAAAUGGAACCCCUGGACAAUCUGGUGCUCGUGGUCUCCCUGGUGAAAGAGGAAGAGUUGGUGCUCCUGGUCCAGUUGGUGCUCGUGGUAGUGAUGGAAGCAAUGGUCCCAGCGGUCCUGCUGGUCCCAUUGGUUCUGCUGGACCUCCAGGUUUCCCAGGUGCUCCUGGAGCCAAGGGUGAAGUAGGUUCUGCUGGUCUCACCGGCCCAAGUGGUCCCGCUGGUCCUCGUGGUGAGGCUGGACUCCCUGGUGCUUCCGGUCCCGUUGGCCCCCCAGGUAACCCUGGUGCCAAUGGUAUCAAUGGUGCUAAAGGUGCAGCUGGUCUUCCUGGUGUCGCUGGUGCUCCUGGUCUGCCAGGUCCUCGUGGUAUCCCUGGGCCUUCUGGACCUGCUGGAGCUGCCGGUACUAGAGGACUUACUGGUGAGCCCGGCCCUGCUGGAUCCAAGGGUGAAACUGGUAACAAGGGUGAGCCUGGUUCUGCUGGCGCAGCUGGCAAUCCUGGUCCAAGUGGAGAAGAAGGCAAGAGAGGUUCCACCGGUGAACCAGGAUCUUCUGGUCCCUCUGGACCUGCAGGUUUAAGAGGUGUUCCUGGAUCUCGUGGUCUUCCUGGAUCUGACGGCAGAGCUGGUGCUAUAGGCCUUGCUGGCAACCGUGGUGCUACUGGUGCUGCAGGUGCUAAAGGUCCUAAUGGUGAUGCAGGUCGCCCUGGUGAACCAGGUCUCAUGGGCCCAAGAGGUCUCCCUGGUCAAUCUGGAAGCCCUGGCCCAGCCGGCAAGGAAGGCUCUGUUGGUCUGCCUGGUCCUGAUGGUCGUCCUGGCCCAGUUGGCCCAGCUGGUCCAAGAGGUGAACCUGGCAACAUCGGAUUCCCAGGACCAAAAGGUCCCAAUGGUGAGCCUGGCAAACCUGGUGACAGAGGCCAUGUUGGUGUUACUGGAAAUCGGGGUGCUCCUGGACCUGAUGGAAACAACGGAGCUCAAGGACCAGCUGGUGUCAUUGGCAAUACUGGCUCUAAAGGUGAAACUGGUCCCGCUGGUCCUCCUGGCUUCCAAGGCCUUCCAGGUCCCUCAGGCCCAGUUGGUGAAGCUGGCAAACCAGGUGAAAGAGGUCUCCAUGGUGAUUUUGGUCUUCCUGGUCCUGCUGGCGCAAGAGGCGAGCGUGGGGCUCCAGGUGAAAGUGGCGCAGUUGGUCCUUCAGGCCCCAUUGGAAACCGUGGCCCAUCUGGCCCCCCAGGACCUGAUGGCAACAAGGGCGAACCCGGUAACGCUGGUCUAAAUGGUGGCGCAGGUCCCUCUGGUCCCAGUGGAAUCCCUGGAGAGAGAGGCAUUGCUGGUGUCCCAGGAGGCAAAGGUGAAAAGGGUCCACAAGGCUUCAGAGGAGAUGCUGGAACAACUGGAAGAGAUGGUGCCCGUGGUGCUCCUGGUGCCGUUGGUGCUCCUGGACCUGCUGGAAGUGCUGGCGAAAGGGGUGAAGCUGGUCCCUCUGGUCAAGCUGGACCUGCUGGGCCUCGUGGUAUCCCUGGUGAACGUGGUGAGGUUGGCCCUGCUGGCCCUCCCGGAUUCGCUGGCCCUCCUGGUGCUGCUGGUCAACCUGGUGCUAAAGGUGAAAGAGGACAACGAGGACCUAAAGGUGAUGUAGGCCCUUCAGGAGCUAUCGGUGUUGUUGGUAACGCUGGCCCUGCUGGUCCCGUGGGUCCUUCUGGAGCUGCUGGUGCUCGUGGCGAUUCUGGUCCACCUGGUGCUACUGGUUUCCCUGGUAAUGCUGGCAGACCUGGACCUCCUGGCCCUGCUGGUAUCACUGGUCCUGCUGGACCUCCUGGCCCAGCUGGCAAAGAAGGUAUUAGAGGCCCACGUGGUGACACUGGACCAGUUGGCCGUACUGGUGAGGCUGGUAUUGUAGGACCACCUGGUUUCCGUGGAGAGAAAGGCCCAAGUGGAGAAUCUGGUGCUGCUGGUCCACCUGGUACCCCAGGUCCUCAAGGUCUUCUUGGAGCUCCUGGUAUCCUUGGUCUUCCUGGCUCAAGGGGAGAACGUGGUCUUCCAGGCAUUGCUGGAGCACUUGGUGAUCAUGGACCCGUUGGUAUUGCUGGUCCACCUGGUGCUCGUGGCCCAUCUGGUCCCAUUGGUAACCCUGGUGUGAAUGGUGCCCAUGGUGAAGCUGGACGUGAUGGAAACCCAGGUAGUGAUGGUUCUCCAGGCCGUGAUGGUGCUCCUGGAUACAAGGGUGAACGUGGUGCUCCUGGCAACACUGGCUCCCAUGGUGCUCUUGGUGCUCCUGGUCCUCAUGGUGCUGUCGGUCCUGUUGGCAAAACUGGAAGCCGUGGUGAACCUGGUCCUGUUGGUCCUGUUGGUUCUACUGGCCCUGCUGGUGCAAGGGGUCUUGCUGGCCCACAAGGACCUCGUGGUGAGAAAGGUACUGUUGGUGACAAGGGACCUAGAGGUCUGCCUGGGUUGAAAGGACACAAUGGACUUCAGGGGCUUCCUGGUAUUGCUGGUCAUCAUGGUGAUCAAGGUUCACCUGGUGCUACUGGACCUGCUGGCCCAAGGGGUCCUGCUGGUCCUUCUGGUCCUGCUGGGAAAGAUGGUCGUAAUGGUUUGCCUGGACCUGUUGGGCCUGCUGGUGUUCGUGGAUCCCAGGGUAGCCAAGGACCUUCUGGCCCACCAGGGUCACCUGGUCUUCCUGGCCCACCUGGUGUCAAUGGUGGUGGCUACGAAAUUGGCUAUGACAUGGAAUACUACCGGGCAGAUCAGCCUUCUCUUAGACCCAAGGACUAUGAAGUUGAUGCCACUCUGAAAUCCCUGAACAACCAAAUUGAGACCCUCCUGACCCCUGAAGGCUCCAGAAAGAACCCAGCUCGCACUUGCCGUGACUUAAGACUCAGCCACCCUGAUUGGACCAGUGGAUUCUACUGGAUUGAUCCUAACCAAGGUUGCACUUUGGAUGCCAUCAGAGUGUAUUGUGACUUUGCCACUGCUGAGACCUGCAUCUAUGCCAAUGCAGAAAGCAUCCCAUCUAAGAACUGGUACAAUACCAAAAACUCUGCUGAGAAGAAACCCAUAUGGCUUGGAGAAACUAUCAAUGGUGGUACUCAGUUUGAGUACAAUGAGGAAGGUGUGACUACCAAGGACAUGGCCACUCAACUUGCCUUCAUGCGGCUAUUGGCUAACCAUGCUUCCCAGAACAUCACUUAUCAUUGCAAGAACAGUGUUGCUUACAUGGAUGAUGAGACAGGCAACCUUAAGAAGGCAGUGGUACUGCAGGGAUCCAAUGAUGUUGAACUUCGAGCUGAAGGGAACAGCAGGUUCACUUACAGUGUUCUUGAAGAUGGCUGCUCUAAAAAGUCCAACGAAUGGGGCAAAACAGUUAUUGAAUACAGAACAAAUAAGCCAUCUCGCUUGCCCUUCCUUGACAUUGCACCUUUGGACAUUGGUGGUGCUGACCAAGAAAUCCGUCUGGACGUUGGCCCAGUCUGUUUCAAAUGAAUGAACUCAAACUAACUUAAACCAAAACAAAAAAAAAUAUUUUCUCUUUGCCAUUUCUUUUUUAUACUGAAAGCUGACUCCUUCCAUUUCUUCUGUUCAUCUACUUGCUUAAACUCUGGGCGAAAGAGAAAGAGGAUUUAUUGGAACGUUACACAAUGCAAUUCAAUACAGCCCCCCAAAGGAAUCGGAAGUUGUUUUUCCCAAAAUUUUGUCACCUUGUUGUGGAAAAUGUCAGCCUUUGUGUAAAAACCAAAAAACAUGAAAAGCAAAAAACCAAAUAAAAAAUCCUGAAAGUUUGCACCACUUGUGGCCUUUGAAUAUCUUCCACAGAGGAAGUUUAAAACCACAACUUCCAAAGGUUUGAACUACCUCAUACACUUCUAAGCCAAGUGCUGUGUGAUCCACAUUCUUAUACGUGAUCUGAGGUGCUUUUUGGUCCCAUGCAUAAGAGAAAGUUGCUAAUACAUUAUGAAAAGAGUAUAUUGCCAAUACUUGAACUUUAUGGUGCUAGCUUCAUUAAAAAACAGAAAUAAAACCACUUCUCUGUAUUAAGUUGUAUUGUUUGUUUGGAGUCUGUCUCUGAAUAAAGUCAGGCUGUACCAUCUCACUACCAGACUAAGCAUGUGGAUCAUUUCUCAUCCUCCGCCCUUCCUCGCCACUCUGCCCCUUCCCAUCUUCCUCAUCUUCUUCAACAUCAGGUGUUCGUACUUUAAAAUCUCAUUCUCAUCUUCUACAAUGGGCAGAAAAGGAAUCAUCGUUUCUCAAAAAACAAGACAAAUUGUACCUAUUUUGUAUAUGUGAGAUGUUUAAAUAAAUUGUGAAAAUUGAAAUAAAGCAUGUCCAAUGUUCCAAAAGAAA